GCGGACCCCCAGGCGGCGGCGGCGACUGGAGCCCGGGAGGCGGAGGCGGGCGGAGGCGGGCGGAGGGCGGCGGCCGCGGCGCGCCGAGACGCAGCAGCGGCAGCAUGUCGGCCGGCGGAGCGGUAGUCCCGCCGCCGCCGAACCCCGCCGUGUCCUUCCCUGCGCCCCGGAUCACUCUGCCCGCCGGUCCAGACAUCCUGCGGACCUACUCGGGAGCCUUCGUCUGCCUGGAGAUCCUGUUCGGGGGCCUCGUCUGGAUUUUGGUUGCCUCCUCCAAUGUUCCUCUACCUCUGCUCCAAGGCUGGGUCAUGUUCGUGUCCGUGACGGCUUUUGUCUUUUCCCUCCUCUUCCUGGGCGUGUUCCUCUCUGGCAUGGUGACUCAGAUUGAGGCCAACUGGAACUUCCUGGAUUUUGCUUACCAUUUCACAGUGUUCGUCUUCUACUUUGGAGCCUUUUUACUGGAAGCAGCAGCCACGUCUCUGCAUGAUCUGCACUGCAAUACGACCGUGACCUUGCAGCCGCUCUUGACUGAUAACCAGUACAACAUAAACGUAGCAGCCACGAUUUUCGCCUUUGUGACAACAGCUUGUUACGGUUGCAGUUUAGGCCUGGCUUUACGAAGAUGGCGCCCCUAACGCUCCUUAGAAACUGUUAGUUUCAUUUGUCUACUUUAUCGUCUGAUCAGUUUGGAUAGCAUUUUGUCUGUAUAUAACAGCAGUCCAACAGUUACUUGUUUAGUAUAUGGAGAGAAUCUAAGUACAAGUUUUGGUUCAUUUCAUGGAUGGAGUUUAAAUUUUAUUAUGAUGUUAAACAGAGAAAUAACCUUUAAUUUUACAUCUGUCUCUUUUUCUUUUUUCUCUUUUAAAAAAAUGCCUUUAUAUUCAUAAAUUACACAGAUAUUGUUCAUGAAAAAGGGACAUUUCUUUUGUGGCUGUCACCCGAACCUUAAUUUUCAUAGGUAGCUAAAACCCUCUUUAAAAAAACCCACUUCAAAUAGACUUUCCACCGAACUCUCCUUUUGUGUAAAAUAGAGAUUGGCCGUCUUUUACUAUAAAGGUCUAGGUGGUAAGUAUUUUAGGCUCCGUGGGCCAUGCAGUCUCUGUUGCAGCUGCUCAACCCUGCUGCUACUCCAUGAAAGCGGCCAUAGACAGUACAUACAUGAGUGAGUGUGACCAUGUUCCAAUAUAACUUUUUUUUUAUAAAAACAGGCAACAAGCUGGUUUUGGCCUGUGGCCUGCAGUCUAUAGUUUGUCAACCUCUAGUGUAAAACCUUAGUUAUAUGUUCUGUGUUUUACUGAACUGAUAUGGAAGGUAUAAAGCUAAUUAGACAAGCUACAUAUUUUAUCUCUUUAUGCAAUAAUUACAUUUCCUUUGUGGUAAUGGUCAAAAACUUAUCCUUAAAGGGGCAUAUAGUUUCUCAACUAAUUCAAAUAGAGUCUUGGGUACAGCGAAAAGUAAUUUAUGUCAUGAACCCUAAUUGUUUAAUCAAACUAAAAGUCUCUUAACAACUGAGAAAAACUCACACCUAGCAUCCUUAGAAUGAAAUCCCCAGAGACCAUUAACCACUAGAGGAACUGCUAUCUAGCUACUAAUGUCUUACUUUGGGUUUAUUUAUGCUUCAGAAUACAGCUGUUUGCCUGUGCAUGAAUAUAUAAAUAUUUGUGUGUGGAUAUGUGAGGCUUUACCAAAUAGAGCUCUCUGUAGAGUUAAUUUUUACUUCUAAUUAUUUUGUAUAACAUAUUGAGUUAAAUUUGAUAGAGUAUUAAAUAUAACUUAGAGUUGUAGAUUAUUAACAUCAUUUGGUAAUAUCCCUGACAUCCAUGUUUGUUUGCAUUGGUGAAAAAUCAGUUUUCAAACAACUGUCACAAAAACUGCCUUUUGUUGAAGAGCACAAACAAGUAUUUUAAGCCACCUAUAGAGACCCUGAUCAUGGAAAGGUGCCAAAAUGGCUUGACUGGGUAAACAGGUUACAGUUAUGCCCCAGCUCCACCACACUGUCCAACCAAUAUACUGAUCUCUUGUCCCAAGAGGGCUACCUCUGGGAAAAUAGGGCUUUUGGUUGUUCUAUACUUUUAGCCCUUUGCUUUUUUGGUAGAAUCAUCCCCAAAGAGUGCCACAUAUAAGUUGGGCUAUUAGGUUUCUUAGAACAUAGAACAAUCCUGAAUGAGUAGCAUGAUCAAUGCUCUGUGAUCAAAUGUUUUUUAUGUACUUAUCUAUCCCCUAGAAAGAAUUUUAUUAGAGUUUGGUUCAUGAUGUAAUUAUAAAGAUACAAAGAUUCAAUUUGUCACAACAGGAAAUCAGUUUUACAACUCUAUACCCAUGUCUUAAUCUCUUCUGUAAUAUAUGACUUCCUUGGUUUUUCCAGCUCUAUACCACACACUUAAACCUGUAUUAUGAAUUGUAUAUUACAGUCAUAAAUGUGCCAUAAAGCUAUAUACUCCAUUCUGGUUGGAAUUGUUUAAAGUUAGUCUGUUUUUGUUUCUAAGGUAUAACAGGUCCAUGCUUGGUGGCAUUAAAUUAAAUGAUUUCCUGAAACUGUAUUGGUGGUACUUCUGUUAAAGGACUGCUUUCUAGAUCAUUAAGAACCAAGCUUAAAACUCAUCUAACUGUGAAUACUUAGAUUUGUAGAUUAAUUGCAUUCUCGAUUUGUGAGUUGAGUGACAAAGCACUUAAAAAUUACAGCAUUUGAGAAUUUCUUUAUAUAUGCUGUAAAAAUGAGAAAGUGUUGGUUGGUUUUAAAAUCUGGUAACUCCAUGAUGAAAAGAAAUUUAUUUUAUAAGUGUUAUGACUCUAAUAAAGUAUUCAUUUGGUAA